AUGGAAGAUACUAGGUUCACCGUCUGCAAAGUUGAGUCAGAAAACAAGAAGAAUGGGAUACACAUGGGCGCUAACAUCAUCACGCGUCCUCUGCGCUCAUCUGCGGAGACGGCUGAGCGUGACGUGGCAGUUAAUAAUCAGCCCGAUACCUGGCUACAUGACGCAGGCUGGAGAAGAAAAAGGUCGCUGGCUCAGCUCACGCGGGAAGCACUGCCUAGGAUGGAGAACUAUAGGAACUCUAAACGCGCGCUGAAAAGGCCUAGCCUUGGAGAGCUGCACGGGGAUAACCUUAUUACUGAAGAGGAGGAGCCGCGAAUAAAUCAAAGAGAUACAAAAUCACCAACUCCAGUGACAGGAAUUAAACUAGGAUGGAUUCAGGGUGUACUAAUACCAUGUCUGCUGAAUAUAUGGGGCGUGAUGCUGUUCCUGCGGAUUUCGUGGGUAGUGUCGCAGGCGGGGAUAGGACUCACGCUGAUCAUUAUCGCGAUUUCCGCCAUUGUUUGCGUCAUCACCACGUUGUCCAUGAGCGCCAUCUGUACCAAUGGGGAGGUAAAAGGAGGUGGAAUCUACUACAUAAUUUCCAGAUCCCUCGGCCCAGAAUUUGGAGCGUCAGUUGGCAUUAUCUUCGCUUUCGCCAACGCGGUAGCGGCUAGUAUGAAUACAAUCGGGUUUUGUGAUUCUCUUAAUGAUUUGUUGGGCACACAGGGAGUGAAGAUCUUUGAUAAUGGUCCUAAUGAUACUAGGAUAGUUGGCACGAUCGCUCUGAUCGUCAUGUGCAUCAUUUGCGCCGUCGGAAUGGACUGGGAGAGCAAAGCACAGAAUUUUCUAAUUGCGAUCAUUGUUAUUGCUAUGGGGGACUUUAUUAUCGGCACAUUCAUGGGACCAAAGAGUUUGGAGGAAAUUAGUAAAGGCUUUAUUGGUUUCAGUGUAUCAACAUUCAAGUCUAACUUUGGUCCGGACUUUCGGUACAGUGAGAAUUUGCAUCAAGACUUCUUCACCGUCUUUGCAAUAUUCUUCCCGUCAGUUACCGGGAUACAGGCCGGUGCUAACAUAUCGGGUGACCUUAAGGACCCUGCCACCGCAAUUCCUAAAGGGACACUUUUGGCUUUACUGAUAUCCAUGGUGAGCUACGCUCUGAUGGUGUUUUUUUCUGGUGGUGCCGCAUUGAGGGACGCAAGCGGCAAUAUGACAGAUUUAGUGCUCGAAAACGGCACCGUUGUGGACUACACCUCGUUAUGGGAGUGCGUCAAUACUACACUUGGAUGUAAAUAUGGUCUGCAUAAUAGUUAUUCAGUCAUGCAGCUCAUGUCGGCAUGGGGGCCGUUAAUCUACGGCGGUUGUUGGGCUGCGACUCUUUCGACGGCUCUGACGAACUUACUGUCGGUGCCGCGACUGAUCCAAGCCCUGGGCGUCGACCGAAUUUACCCAGGACUCAUCUUCUUCGCUAAACCCUACGGCCGUCACGGCGAGCCUUAUCGUGGUUACGUGCUCACAUUCUUCGUAUCACUGAUCUUUCUAUUAAUAGCUGACCUGAACACCAUUGCACCACUGAUCUCCAAUUUCUACCUCGCGUCUUACGCCCUCAUCAACUUCUGCACAUUCCACGCAGCGCUAGUGCGUCCCCUGGGCUGGCGGCCCACAUUCCGGUACUACAACGUAUGGAUAUCGUUGCUGGGCUUCCUCAUGUGCGUGGCGAUCAUGCUCCUUAUCAGCUGGGUGAUGUCACUCGUCACGUUUUCGAUAUUCUUCACUCUGUACCUCAUAGUGCAUUACAGGAAACCAGACGUGAACUGGGGCAGCAGCACGCAGGCGCAGAUGUACAAGACAGCGCUGUCGAGCGCGCACAGCCUGGCGCGCACGGGCGAGCACGUGAAGAACUACUGGCCGCAGCUGCUGGUGCUAACGGGCCGUGCGCACCAGCGGCCCGCGCUCGUUGACCUCGCGCACCUCAUCACCAAGCCCGGCUCGCUAAUGAUCGUCGCCGACAUAUCGCAGAACAAGUUGUCGUACAAGGAGCGCGCGAAUCGUGCGCGCGCGGCGGACGAGUGGUUGCGCGGGCGCAAGGUGCGCGCGUUCCCCGCUUCAGUGAGCGGGUUCGCGUUCGAGACGGGUUCACGCGCGCUCAUGCAGGCGGCGGGCUUGGGCCGCCUGGCGCCCAACGUGCUGCUCAUGGGCUACAAGGCCGACUGGGCCACCGCGCCCAGCGCAGACCUCGUCGCUUACUUCAAUGUGCUGCAUACUGCAUUCGAGACACGGCUGGCGGUGGCGAUCGUGCGCGUGCGCGGCGGGCUGGACGUGGGCGCGCUGGAGGAGGCGCCGAGCCGCGGCCUCACUGCCACGUCGCACGGCUCGGCCGAGCUGCGCGUGCGCGCCGCUGCCGUGCUGCACGCGGACUCCGACCUCGACAUCCGCGCUCUGCCCGACUCGCAGCCCUCCAGCCGGCACAACCUGCAUUUGUUAACCCUUACCACAUGCCGAUCAUUCACGAUAUCCGAGAAGGGCGACAUAAAAGAGAAAGAGAGGGAAAAGGAGAAGAAAAAGGAUAAAAAACCUUUGAACUUCCACAAACAAGUCAUUUACAAAUCUGCUUCGGGGCUAGAAAUGUCUUCAGACCAGCUGUCGCAGAUGUCUAUAUUCCAGAGGAAACAGGACAAGGGAACAGUAGACGUGUGGUGGCUGUACGACGACGGCGGGCUUACCAUCCUCCUACCGUACAUUAUCUCGCAGCGCUCGAGCUGGGCGAACUGCAAGCUGCGUGUGUUCGCGCUCGCCAAUAGGCAUCACGAGCUCGAGCUUGAGGAGAGGAAUAUGGCUAACUUGUUAGCUAAAUUUCGGAUAGACUACUCGUCCUUGACAAUGGUGCAGGACAUCACGGAACCUCCGAAGCCCGAGACUAAACAACUGUUCGAUGAAAUAAUACAGAAGUUUAUAGACGAAAAUACCAGUGAAGAGUGCCAUAUAAGCGAGACGGAGCUGAACACGUUGGCGGACAAGACGAACCGGCAGCUGCGCCUGCGUGAGCUGCUGCUGCACAACUCCAGCGGCGCCACGCUCGUCGUCAUGUCGCUCCCUAUGCCCAGGAAGAACAGUUGUCAAAUAGAGUCUGCCGGUGGUCCCAAAUUGUUCCUCGAGUAUAAAGCUUUUUCGCGCUUGAAAAAUGAUCCAGAAUGGAUAAAUCUAAGCCAAAAUCAAGAAAAAAAGCAAGAAAAAGUCGCAGGCGCCUUGAUGCAAUAUAAAAAUUAUUCAAAUGAAAUGCUUGAAAUAGCUGUAGAUCUUGUUAGAAAAAAACAGAUAUCAGCAAGAGAGGCGGCGCGACAAUUCGCAAUUCCUAAACAGACAAUAUUAAAUAAAGUAAACAAGUCUCAUACAAAGACUGUCGGAUGUCCAACGCGAUUAUCUGAUGACGAAGAAGCCAAAUUUAUAAGUUUUAAUUGUUGCUGGGGAAUUCGGAUGCCCACUUAG